CGUAAAAACAAUGUUGAGAGGACCUGGACAUGUUCAACAGAUAAAAUGUAGGGUAAUGUCGUCAUCUCAUUCAUCUUUCAUAAUACGUCGACGCUGUAAUUUGAUCAAUUAACCUAUCUGUUAUCUUUACAUGUUGCUCUGUUUGGCGUGUAUGAACACUUUAAAGCAGACAUUUUGGCGUACUUCCGAUGUAUUUCGGAGCUUUGCUCGAAGAUAACCGGAAGUGCUUUGCAUUUACAUUUGCUCGCGAGAACCCGUGGCCUCUAUUAGCGCGAAAGCAACGAGGCGUUAGGUGCGUUUUGCAUUUAGCUAACACACACAAAUCAUAUACCGCUGUUUAGGUGUUCAGUUGAGUUUGGAAUUGAAGACAUGGGGGAUCCUUCCCUAAGCCGAGACUGCCCACUGGACUGUAAGGUCUAUGUUGGAAAUUUGGGCAACAGUGGUAAUAAGACUGAACUAGAGAGAGCGUUUGGCUAUUAUGGUCCACUGAGAAGCGUAUGGGUGGCCAGAAAUCCUCCCGGCUUUGCUUUUGUGGAGUUUGAAGACCCCAGAGAUGCAACUGAUGCUGUGAGGGAGCUGGAUGGAAGAACACUUUGCGGUUGUCGGGUGCGAGUUGAAAUGUCCAAUGGUGAGAAACGUUCAAGGUUUCGAGGACCACCUCCUUCUUGGAGUCGCCGGCCACGUGACGAAUAUAGACGUGGUGAAGAUUAUAGACGCCGCAGCCCAACUGCAAGACGCCGGUCUCCCAGGAGGAGCUUUAGCCGUAGUCGGAGCAGGUCCCUUUCCAGAGAGAGGAGAAGAGAGAGGUCUUUGUCUCGAGAUAGAAACUAUAAACCUUCAAGGUCUUUCUCAGGAUCACGCAGUCGUUCACGAUCCAAUGGUCGGAAGUGAGAAGUGUUCAAGCCCAGCGUUGUCAGAAAAAAUGUGUUUGUGCCCGCUCUUUAACAGACUAGGAAGGAUGAUGGGAAACAACGAUGGAGGUGUUUUUUUUUUUUUUUUGUUUGUUUUUUUUUUGGCCCCCCAAAGUCUUUUUAAAAUGCCCCCUCAUAGUGUUCUGAGUAUCCUUUUUUACUUAAGAUAUCUGUGCUUAAUGGGUAGUAAUGGUUUCAUCCUGCCUAAAUGCUUGGAAUGUAAUUUUAUGCUCUUUGGGCAGAGAAGUGUUUUGAAUGGUCUGACCUAGGUGAUCAUUUGAAGAUGAUUUUGUAUGCUUUUUUGUUUGUACUUCCAUUAAAACGUUCCUUACGA